CCUUCUCUCUCUCACCCUUUUGCUCCUCUUGACUUUUUCUCCAAGUUCAACUCCGCCGCCCGCCCCCCUCUCCCCGAUCCCGGGAGAGAGACACAGCGAGAUGUCCUGGCGGUGGGCUCUCGCGCGGCGCGUCGCCACGCUGGUCGGCGGCGGAAGCGGGAGCGGCGCGGCUCAGGCGCAGAGGCUCUUCUCCUCGUCGGGAAGCGCACUCCUGGGGAGGCUCCUCCCUACUCCGCCGUCCCAGAUUCGGAACAAGGUGGUGGGUUGCAGAGGAGCUGCCUUCGUGAGCUCGCGAUGGUUACAUGAUGCCCAAUACCAGGUUCGCCAAGAUGGAGUUUCGAGGGCUGAAGAACAGCAGGAUCCAUUUGAAUUGGUUGCUGAUGAGCUGUCAAUACUGGCAAAUAGGCUACGGUCCAUGGUGGUUGCUGAGGUCCCUAAACUAGCAUCAGCCGCUGAGUACUUUUUCAAGAUGGGAGCCGAGGGAAAAAGAUUCCGACCUACGGUUUUGUUAUUGAUGGCAUCAGCUCUAAAAUUCCCGAUAUCAGAAUCAACAGAAGGUGGAGUUUUCAGUAUGCUGACAAAUACGCUCCGGACACGGCAGCAAAACAUUGCGGAGAUAACUGAAAUGAUCCAUGUUGCAAGUCUUCUGCAUGAUGAUGUUCUGGAUGAUGCUGACACUAGGCGAGGUGUCACUUCAUUGAAUUGCAUUAUGGGUAACAAGCUUUCAGUUCUGGCUGGUGAUUUUCUCCUGUCUAGAGCAUGUGUGGCACUUGCAGCACUUGGGAAUACAGAGGUGGUAUCUCUAAUGGCAACUGCUGUAGAACAUCUAGUUACUGGUGAAACUAUGCAGAUCUCGACAAGUAGAGAGCAACGGCGAAGUAUGGAAUACUACUUGCAGAAGACAUACUACAAAACAGCAUCAUUGAUAUCAAAUAGUUGCAAAUGUGUUGCUCUUCUUGCAGGGCACACUGCUGAUGUUUCACUCCUUGCAUACGAAUAUGGUCGAAACCUGGGUCUGGCCUUCCAGUUGAUCGACGAUGUUCUUGACUUCACAGGCACCUCUGCAUCACUUGGGAAGGGUUCAUUAUCUGAUAUUCGUCAUGGAAUCAUUACUGCCCCAAUGCUAUAUGCGAUGGAAGAAUUCCCACAACUACAUGAAGUUGUUGACCAGGGUUUUGAUAAUCCUGCAAAUGUUGAGCUUGCCCUGGACUACCUCCAGAAGAGCCAGGGGAUUGAAAGAACAAAAAAGCUUGCACAGGAACACGCUAACCUUGCCAUCAAAGCCAUCGAAGCUCUACCGGAUAGUGAUGACGAAGAUGUUCUGAUCUCAAGGCGGGCUCUUAUUGAUAUCACGCAAAGAGUCAUCACAAGGACAAAGUAGCGAGAUUAUCCAGAAGGCGAAGAUAAGCCUGAACUUCGCCACAGGUGUAGUGUUCCACUUGGAAAAUUUUGUACGGUUUGGCCAUUGCAUUCUUCACGUUGCCUGAGUUUUAUGUAACAUCCAUGCCAUUUAGGAUCACAGGAAAGUUUCCCAGAAUCAUCCAGCCGUAGAUGUAAUUGUUUUUAGUUACAAAAGUGGCAACAAAAUCUGUGUAUUAGUAUCACCGAUUGCGAUGAUCACCUGAUGACCAGACUCUGUAACCAUAUAAUUGAAGUAUGGGACGAAAUAUAUGAGGGAAGGGACUACUUGCACCGGUUAA